AUGCCGCUUACUCCAUAUCACUUCCACAGUGAAGCUAAGAAGAACCCAACGCGCGGCGGGUCCGCUCAGAUAACUCUGGGCGGGCAACGGCUUCGGCCACCGUCGGGCAACCCGUGGCGGAGAGGAUAUCUCCGGCAGCGAGCGGCCAACACUGGGGUACCGCCCGCCCCCCCAGAUGUAUCAGGGUUACCCGGGUACAGAGGGCACUGCCCGGGUGGACCGUUUAUAUCCCUCACAAUCGUGGGAAUCAAAACUAGGAUGUCAAAGAAACCUGUUGUGGAGUUGCUGGACUUAAAAUAUAAACGGACUGAUUUUGCAAACGACUAUGGCGAGGAAUGUGGAAAAGAACGCAAGCGAUCUGGAGAAGAGAAGGCACUGUCUGCGGAUACCACCAAUCCGGGGGCAGCCCUCUCUUCUGUUGUUGGACCUAGUGGCUGCUCUAAUGUAGCCCAAAGGACCCGUAAGGGCCAAAUGAAGGAUGGGUCGAAGGACCCGGGACCACUGGUGCUUAGCGGCAAGCACCAGGGGUUGAAGGUACAGGCUCCCAAAACUCGUAAGGGCACAGUUGAGGGAAGCUUGGAGACAAGGGAGGAUGAGGAGACGAUGGUGCUCAUCUCGGAAGCAGAGUCUGACUGCUCCGGGAUGGACACAGCCAUCUCCUACUCAGAUGGAGAUUCCGUUACCAGCGGAAGGCGACGCCAGAAGAGGAGUGCCCCGGAUGCGGACAGCGGUGGCGAGUCAAGUGCCAGCUCUGUCAUUGCUAUGCGCACACCGAAAAGCACAGCCAAGCGAGGCAGAGGUAGGCCGCCCACUACUGGGCACUACGUCGGCCUUGCAAAAGCAAAGGAGGCUUUGGUCAACGCACAACGGGCUGAGCUUGACCUACAAGAUGAGACGGAGGUCCUACAGUCGACCAGGGAGCUCGCGGCGGUGCCCGCUGACUGCCUGGAGAGACGAGUGGAGAGUGGCGUCAAGGUCAUUCUUGACGUCGCUCGCAAAUCAAAAAAUCUUAAGGGCACAUUUGUAAAUGCCCUUAAGAAAGCUGCCACGCAAAUAGAGCAGGCUGUGGCGGCGAUGGCGGAAAGAACUUGUGACGACGAGGUGCGGGUUCUGCGUGCUGAAAACGCAGAACUAAGACAGAGGGUGGAAAACCUCAGUGAGGAGAUGGUAAGGCUCCGUGAGGACCUUAAGCAUCUCUCUGCGGAGUGUACCCGCACCAAUGCGCCCGAGCAACGAUCGGAGGAUACGGGUACGGCGGACCAGCGGGCGGCCAUAAUCAGCGAUAUAGAUCGUCUGAUCGACAUUAAGUUGGCCAGGCUGGAAAACCGAUUACUCCCACCGUCGGCAUUUCGCCCACCCCUACAGGCGGACCUUCGCAGAACUGCUGCGCAGGCAAGCGAAGUCAAGGCACAGACUCCCAAGGUAGUCAAGGCGCCAGCUACCAAGACAGCCAAAAAGACUGCGACAGUAGCGAACCCUCCCACCCCAACGCCCACACGUGGCAAAGCGACCCCUUUGCAGGGAUCGCAACCACCUGUGGAGACCUGGAGCGAGGUGGUGCGGAGAGGUAAGAAGGCGAAGAAGGUGCGCAAAGCCGAAGCUACUACUGCAGCCCAGACCGCGCCUAGCAAGCCUCCGGCGAGCCAUGUAGGCACUACAAGGCCGCACGGAAAGGCGAUGCCGAAAAAGGCGGGGGGCAGUGGGAAAGCCAAGGCUCUCUUGCGCCCAUCAAGAUCAGCCGCGGUCACACUGACCUUACGGCCAGAGGCGAGUGACGAGGGCUUGACAUAUGCCCAGGUGCUCACGAGGGCGAGAUUGGGAGUGGACCUCAAGCAGCUGGGCAUAGAUGGUCUUCGAUUCCGGUUGGCUGCCACGGGAGCUCGCGUCCUUGAAAUCUCCGGGAAGGAGAGUGGGGACAAGGCCGAGCUCCUCGCGGCAAAACUUAAGGAAGUCCUGCCAGAGGCAGUAAAGGUGGCUCGACCUAUAAGGUGCACUGACCUAGUCAUCUCUGGGCUGGACGACUCUGCCACAGCGGAAAGCAUCACGGCUGCAGUCGUGGAGGCAGGGAAAUGCUCCGCUGAACAUGUCAGAGUCGGUCCUAUCCGGGUGGGAGUAUUUGGUGUUGGCAGCGCGCUUGUCGAGUGCCCUGUCGAAGCGGCCAAGUCAUUGGUGGAGAGAGGGCGACUUCUGGUUGGAUGGAGUGCGACCCGGGUGCGGACACUGGGGCCUAGGCCAAUGAAGUGUUUCAGGUGCUUUGAAAUUGGGCAUACUGGGCUCCAGUGUCAGUCACAGGUAGACCGCAGCCGGAACUGCUUCCGGUGCGGCCAAGAGGGACACAUGGCAUCGUCAUGCACCGGCGACCUCCACUGCCCCAUUUGCAAGGCUGCAGGCAAGCCUGCAAACCAUGCAACUGGGGGUCGGAAGUGCGCACGGCCGAAGACCGGCAAGAAAGGGACUGUCAGGACCCCAGUCUCCUCCAGCCAAGCACCGAGGGAGCCGCCACGGGAGGACUUGUUCAUGCAAACCAUGCUACAGUGGUCAAGCAAUGUGGCGGUCAUCACGGAGCCCUAUUUCGUGUCCCCCCAGCCCAACUGGGUCGGUGGUCCGCGAAAUUUGGUGGCAAUUGUCGCGGCUACUGGUCCGGACUCUAUGCCCCUAUCCGUCCGGGACAGGGAGCCCGGAUUCGUCUCCGCCUUCUGGGGCGAAUAUUUGGUUUUCGGGGUAUAUUUCUCCCCUAACGCUCCGUUGGCUGAGUACCAACUAUUCCUUGAUCGUUUAGGAAUAGCGGUCAGAAGGGCAACUCAGUCCAACGUGAUCGUGCUGGGUGAUUUCAAUGCCCAUAGCACGACAUGGGGAUCCCCGGAGACCGAUGAUCGUGGUGAAGCUGUCGAGGAGUGGGCGGCGUUGUGCGGCCUUGCGCUGCUCAACCGUGGCUCAACCGACACGUGGGUGCGACGGCAGAGCGGGUCCAUAGUGGACUUAACGUUCGCUAGCCCUGCCCUAGCAUCGCGCGUGUCGAAUUGGCGGGUUCUGGAUGAUGUGGAGACACUCUCGGACCACCGCUACAUUACGUUCGGGGUCUCCACCUCAUCCAGUGAUUCCAUCUCCCGUCGGGAAAGGGAAGCCAGACCAUCGGUCUUCCCGAGGUGGUCACUCGCGCGCCUCAACGAGGAGCUGCUGGAGGAGGCUGCCAUUGUCCAGGCUUGGACCAUGCAGCCUGUAGACCCAGCAGGGGUGCACGAGGGUGCCCUCAGAUUCAGGGAGGUUCUGACGCGGAUAUGCGACGCGGCUAUGCCUCGUGCGAAGAGGCAGCCCCCAAGGCGAGCGGUAUACUGGUGGACUCAAGACAUAGCUGAGCUGCGCAAGGCUUGCGUUGCGGCGCGUCGAGAGUUCACCAGAUACCGGAGACUGCAGAGUCGCUGCGAAGAAAGGGAGGACCUGCUGCAUAACAUCUACAGCCAGUCCAAAAAGACCCUUCAACUGGCCAUCAGCAGGUCCAAAACCCUCUCCAGGCAGGAGAUGCUGGAGAAUCUCAACAGGGAUCCGUGGGGACGCCCGUACCGUGCGGCGAGAUGCAAAUUUCGCCCACAGGCGCCCCCGAUCACGGAAACCCUGCAGCCUCGACUGUUGGACGACGUGGUGACGGCACUGUUCCCUGGCAGAACCGAUCACGCGCCCCCGACGAUGGCGGAUCCUUUCGAGGAUGACGAGGCUGAUGAGGUCCCUCCUCUAAGAUCGGUGGAGGUUCGUGCGGCUACGCUCAGGUUGCGGGCCAAGAACACCGCGCCCGGACCAGACGGAGUCCCGGGUCGGGUGCUGACACUGGCGUUGAACCAGUUGGGAGCUCACCUAGCCGAGCUUCUCGACGCCUGUUUAGCGUCGGGUCAGUUCCCGACUUGCUGGAAGGAAGGACGGUUAGUUCUUCUUAGGAAGGAUGGGCGCCCCGCAGAGUCACCCUCUGCCUACCGUCCGAUAGUUCUGCUGGAUGAUACGGGAAAGCUCUUCGAGCGUAUCAUUGCCUCCCGUAUCACUCAGCACCUAUCCAGCGUAGGCCCGGAUCUGUCGGACAACCAAUUCGGGUUCCGAGUGAGCCGAUCGACCAUUGAUGCGGUCAUGCGCGUAAAGGCUCUCUCGGAGGAAGCGGUUGUCUCUGGCGGUGUGCUGUUGGCGGUGUCCUUGGACAUCGCCAACGCUUUCAACUCCCUGCCUUUCGACAGCAUCCUUGAGGCAAUCCGGUAUCACCGCCUGCCUCAAUACUUGCGGAGGCUGAUAGAGGUUUACCUAUCUAAUAGGGAGGUCAUUUACGCUGGGCGGGAUGGAACUCUGCAUCGGAGGGCCAUGGAAUGUGGUGUUCCACAGGGGUCGGUCCUGGGACCACUCUUGUGGAACAUUGGGUUCGACUGGACCUUGCGGGGCGAUCUUCCCUCGGGCCUUAACAUCGUCUGCUAUGCAGAUGACACUCUGGUCACGGCCCGGGGGGAGAAUUACGAAGAGGCGGCUGCGCUCGCUACAGACGGCGUCCAGCGAGUUGUGGAACGCAUUGAGUCGCUGGGCCUAAAGGUGGCCCUCAAUAAAACCGAGGCACUGUGUUUCCACGGUCCACGGAAGGGGCCACCUGCGGGCGCCUGCAUUGUCAUUGGUGGCUGCCGGGUCGAGAUAAAGCCUCAGAUGAAAUAUCUGGGACUUUAUCUCGAUCCGAAAUGGAAUUUCCGGGAACAUUUCCGGAGAUUGGCUCCCAAACUUAUCAAUGCGGCGUCUGCGCUUGGGAGGUUGUUGCCCAAUCUGGGAGGUCCAAGCGUCACGUGCCGUCGGUUAUAUACCGGCGUCGUGCGCUCAAUGGCGCUCUAUGGCGCACCGGUGUGGGUCGGGGCUCUGACUGCCCCGAACAAGACCUUGCUGUAUCGCGCGCAGCGGGUCAUGGCAGUCAGAGUCAUCCGAGGAUACCGCACUAUCUCACACGAGGCGGCAUGUGUCCUUGCGGGCACGCCUCCGUGGGACCUCGAUGCUGAGGUUCUUGCGGAGGUCUACGUGAGAUGUGCGGAAGCGAAGGAGCAACAAGAUGGCCUAGACUUCGAAGACCUGGCCAGAUGGAGAAAGCGCGCUCAACGCAGUCUGCUGCGAAGGUGGAGGCAGCGACUGGAAGAGCCGUGCGCUGGCUUGCGGACCGUGGCGGCUGUUCGCCCAGUCCUGAAGGAAUGGGUGAACCGACGUCACGGCUCGCUCACCUUUAGGCUGGUGCAGAUCCUGUCGGGGCAUGGUAGCUUCGGCAGAUAUCUGUGCCACAUAGCCGGCAGGGAGCCGUUGGCAGUGUGUCACCAUUGCGCUUGCAAUGACGACACCGCCGACCAUACACUGGGGGUCUGUCCAGAAUGGGCGCAACAGCGAGCGGCGCUCGCCUCGGUGGUCGGGAACGACCUCUCGCUGCCAGCCGUGGUCAACGCCAUGGUUGGCAGCAAGAGAGCGUGGGAGGCGAUGGUCUCCUUCUGUGAGGACGUGGUGGCACAGAAGGAGGCUGCCGAGCGGACCCGAGAGGACGACCCCCUCUCGGAUCCUAUCCGAAGAAGGCGAACUGGGCGGAGAAGGGGGGUAUUUGCUCGCCAACUCUUGCCUAGUUAG